AUGCAUGUGAAGCGAAACUGCAUCUGCAAUAGUGCUCGUCGCCCCCUCCCCCCUUGCCCGCGCGUCGCUCCCCCGCGGGCGACUCGGACGGCGGCGCUUCUCUGCUCCCGGCCACCCACCCAUCUCCACUCUCUCCCCCGCCGCCGCCGCUGGCCCGAGCCGCCGGGGCAAAGGCCCGCGCGGUGGCUGGCAGCGGGGCUCUUCCUCCUCUCUCCCGUAGGUGGCGGUGGGCGCGGGGCACCCUGCCUGGGCAGAGACGCCUGGCGGGCGCAGGCCUUGGUGGCGCGGCGGCGGAUACUACCGGCGACGGCGUGCUGGCUCUUCAACGUGGUGGCGGUGGGGCAACGGGCCGAGGCGCGGUGGCUGCGUCUCGGGGCGACGUUCGGCGACCAGAUCUGGCUCCCGGCGGCCUCGGGUGGCCCUCGCUGGCCUCCCUUGUCGGCCUCCUGUUGGCCGGUCAGAUAUGGCGAGGGGGGUCGGCUGGCGGCGGUGCUCCCGUCUCGGGAGGUGGCGCGCGGAUGGCCUCCUGCUGGAUCCGGCCGGAUGUGGUGUAGGAGGCGGCCGACGGCGCGUGUAAGUGGUGGUGCGUGUUCGGCGGCUCCGGUGCUUGGAGUUCAUCGGGCGACGCGGGUAGGGCAGCGAACGGGGGUGGCCGUUGCUCCGGCUGUGGGCGGCGGCGUGGGGAGGCCCGUCGGUUGGUGCCUCUCGUGGCGGCUUCGCGGCGGCUCGAUGGAUCUGCAUGCGGCGACAGGCCUCUCCGGCGUGGGUCCGUCUGCAUUCGGACCGUUUCGACCUUCGUUCCAUCUCGGUGUCGCCCGGGCGCUUCUUCCAUCUAAGGGUUGGCUUUCUCCCAGCUGCGGUCCUUCGCUCGUCUUGCGCCCCGUCCAGCCGGACCGAGCUCGUCUCGCGCAUAGUGCGGCUGGACCGAGCUCGUCCCGCGCACGGUGCAGUAGGACCGAACCCGUUUCUUCCUCGGUGCUGCAGGACCAAGCUUGUCUCGCGUUCGGGGCUGCAGGACGGGUUGAUGGAUGCCAGUGGUGGCCGACCUUCCGCGUCGCGACGUGUGGACGGCGUGGUAUCCGGGGUGUGGCGUUCGGUGGCGGUAAAUGUUGCCCGGGGUGAAAACCUGUUCUAUCUCUGGAUGGACUGGCGGCGGCGAAGCUCGUUCCCUUCUUGAAGGCGUCGCCGCGGCUCUCAUCGCCCGUCGUGCUGCUCCAGGAGAAACUCUUAUCCUCGGAUCUGACGGUGAUGGCACUCCGGUGUCAUUUCCUUCCUCAAGGCACCGUGUUGGAGUUCACGGUUCGUCGUAUGCGGCUGUAUCUCUUCGCAGUGGUAUUCCCGAUUGAGUGCUUCAAGUGAUGUUGGUGCGAUCAGCACCGAUGUAGCAUGCCUUGGGUGUGUGUUGUGUCGUCGUGUGUUUGUAUCGGCUUGCUGUGGAUCUUUACUUAAUAUGUAAAUGAGACGAAAGCCUUUUUCAGUAA